AUGAGCUCCUUCUCCUCCCACAGCAGCGUCUCCCUCAGGGGAGGGGUGAUCAGCUCUGGAGCCUCCCUGAGCUCGUCCCGUGCUGGGGUGGGCAUGUCGGUGAUAGGGCAGAGGGCUGGGAGUGUGUACGGAGGGGCCGGGGGCAAGGGCAUCCGUAUAUCCACUGCUGCCUCCUCUGCUGGGGGCAGGUUCGGUGCUGGAGGUGGGGGCUUCGGUGCCGGCGGGGGUGGUGGUGGUGGUGGUAUGAGCUUCAGCGCCUUCUCCAUGGAGGCAGGGGGUGCUGGCGAUGGCGACGCCAUCCUCUUCAACGAGAAGCAGACCAUGCAGAGCCUGAACGACCGGCUGGCCAGGUACCUGGAGAGGGUGCGCUCCCUGGAGGCGGCCAACGCCAAACUGGAGGCGCAGAUCAGGGAGUGGGGUGUCAGCCACACCACAGUCAGCACCCGUGACCUGGGUCCCCACCAGAUCACCAUCGAUGACCUGCGCACCAAGAUACUGGCUGCAGCCACUGUGGUAGUGGAUUUAUCUCUGCAGGUUGAUAACACCAAGCUUGCAGCUGAUGACUUCAGAAUCAAGUAUGAGAACGAACUGGGGCUGCGGCAGUCCGUGGAGGCUGACAUCGCGGGGCUGAAGAGGAUGAUGAGCGAGCUUGCUCUGGCUAAGAGCGACCUGGAGCUGCAGCUGGAGGGACUGAAGGAAGAGAUUGUUUUCCUCAAGAAGAACCACGAUGAGGAGUCACUGUCCUUCCGAUCCCAGCUGACUGGCCAGGUGCAGGUGGAGGUGGAUGCUGCCCCCGCUGUGGACCUCAAUGCGGUCAUUGCCGAGAUCAGGGAGCAGUACGAGGCCCUGGUGGCCAAGAACCGAAGAGACGCAGAGGCCUGGUUCAAGAGUAAGGCAGAGGCGGUGCAGCAGGAGGUCCAGGCCAGCACAGAGAGCCUGCAGACCAGCAGUGCUGAGCUCAAAGACGGCCAGGCCAACCUGCGCAACCUGGAGCUAGAGCUGCAGUCUCUGCAUGCCAUGAAGGCCUCUUUAGAGGGCAACCUGGCGGACACUGAGGCCCGCUACUCCGCCAUGCUGGUGAGCCUGCAGGCCACGGUGAUGGGUCUGGAGGCCCAGCUGACCCAGCUGAGGGCAGACACCGAACGCAGCGCCCAGGAGUACCAGGCCCUGCUGGACAUCAAAACCCGGCUGGAGAUGGAGAUCGCAGAGUACCGCAGGCUGCUGGAGGGCAGCGACGCAGGGUAA